AUGGCUACCUUCACGUACGAUACCACCUCCCCUGGACCUGCCGACGGUUCUCCCUCGCCUCAGCUGCACACAGUGCACCUCCUGGAAGCAUGCACUCCUGAUCCUCGGUCAGACGAAGAGCCCCAGCACCUCCUUCCAAUGCCCAUGCCCGUGCCCCUCUUCCCUGCGUCCGGUGACCUCUCUAAGGAUGCAGCAAGUGAGGAGUUUGCUGAUUUUUCUGCCCUGCCAUCCACCGUCUCUGGUCUCGAUGACAUUAACUGGGACGAAUGGAUCCUGUUCGACUCCUCCCCGGUCGAUGUUACCCCACCAUCACUCCAACUGUCGGAUUUUUCCGACGACCCCAUCGAGGAGGCUCACCCAAGCCCAAGUGAUGUUGCCGAUGACCCACCCAAUCGACGAGAGCCAACCCCUCCCCUGGCCUCAGACAAUCGCGAAGGCAACACAUUAAAGGAGCCGUUGAAUUACUCCGAUGGUUCCAUCGAGGUUGACCCACGCCCGGGCGAGGAGCGCCACGUCCAAGUCCACCGAUCAGAGCAAGUUAUCCCCCUGGUGUCCGGCCGUUGGGAAGGCGAUGUGUUGGGGGAGACGCUGGAUAAUCAGGAAUGCAUUAUUUUGCCCCUUUCUCAGGUGAAGAUUCUGAAGCUGGUGUAUAAGCGAGACGGGGAUGAGAUGUACCAGAUAGUAGGACGGAUAGAUUUACAAGAAACACGCGGAUAUGGCACACAAGGAAAGCCGUGGCAGUGCUUGGGUUCUGCUGAAGACCCAAUCAUCAUCGACGAGCCAAUGAGUCCCAACCUGCUGAGCGACUCCGAUCCGUUUGUCGCCAUCCCAUCCCUUCAACGGAAUAUAGAGAAGGUUCCAGGAGGUUACAAGGUGAGAAAACAGCUCUACCUAAUCCUAAUAGCUCUUGAGAAUACCGGUGAUAGAACUACGACACUUUGGACAGUCAUCGCCAAUGGCAGCACGAAGGCAUCUUGUGCAAAACCGAUGUCCACACGGCAGAAGGGUCCUCCACUCCGAUGGGAUACUAUAGCAGAUCUCACAUUCAAAUCGAUGCUUCAACUCCCGGAGUUUAGUCUCAAGCUUGGCCAUCUCUGCAUGCAGACGCUGCACUUCUUCUUCCAGCUUCCUUCUCUUCGCACGCUCCACCUCGAAAAUAGUAUGGAUUUUCCGGUUCGCACUUUCCUAUCUCGAUAUCAGCGAGGAAGAAGCCCCAUCAAGUCCCACAAAGAAGGUCUUACCAAAGUCAUGUCGAGUGCGAAGAUUAUCGGCUGA